GAGGAGGCGUCAUACCGACAAUCUCUCUCUCUCUCUCUCUCUCUCUCUCUCGCUGUCUUCGCUACUCCUCCUUCUUCUCGGGAUUUAUUUUAUUUAUUUAUUUUCUGUUGCGAGAUUGGGAGGCACGAAUAAGACCGGCGCCGUUCUGUUCAGUGGGAUGUAGCACUUGAUGCAACCUGCCACAGUGAAGAAGUGCGGACCGUUCGGAUGGAAGGGUUCCGUGUCCCACUGAGGUUUAAACCGCGAUCCGUUACGCGACUCUCUUAUCUUAGUAUUUUCAUUAUAUUUUACAAUUUUUCUGAAUGAUAUUUGAAUAAAUGCGUUUACUGGGAUUACGCAGGUGCAUCAUUAAUUCUGCAAGCCAUUUCUAUGCGUCAGCGUGACAGCAGCGCAGUUCAGGAUUCAGCACCGUGUGGAACAACCGCGCGCUUUUGAGCGUUUAUUGGAUGCGCGCUUGUCCGUUGGUUUCCCCGAACACACCGUGGCUUAACAACACAUAAAGAUACCGAAAGCUGCUUUGUAUUCGAGAAGAGUGGAGAUCUGGUGAGAGAAUAGUGAUGUGAACAAGCAACAAGCGACGCGGUGAGAUGCUGAGGGGCUUCUGGCGCGCACAUUUCGCGUGAGCGACGCCUUCGUUCCUUUGCGCGCAGAAAUCCUUACAAACAAAAAGGGAGAAAAAAAACGCAAACAGACCUCUGUUCAGAUAUGGAAAUGUCUAUGACUUCGACGCGUUUUAACUUUUCUGGUACGAAAGUCGUUUCAUAAGUGCGUUUGUGAUCCCCCCUAAGAACGAAGUUGAGAAGGAGAUCAUGAGCGGGCGCGAGUCGAACCGUUACUUUUCCUGGAAAAUGUUGUGGAUGAUGAGCGCCCUGACGGACCUGGCGCUGUCCCAGGAAACCUACGCACCGCACUCGAUCAGGCUCGAGGGAGACCUGACCCUGGGCGGCCUCUUCCCGGUGCACGCACGCGGCAUGGCCGGCGAGCCGUGCGGAGACAUCAAGAAGGAGAACGGCAUCCACCGGCUCGAGGCGAUGCUCUAUGCGCUGGAUCAGAUCAACAGCGACGAAGAGCUGCUGCCCAACAUCACGCUGGGCGCGCGCGUUUUGGACACGUGCUCGCGCGACACCUACGCGCUUGAGCAGUCGCUGACGUUUGUGCAGGCCCUCGUACAGAAGGACACGUCGGACGUCCGGUGCACGAACGGCGAGCCGCCGGUAUUCGUCAAGCCCGAGAAAGUGGUCGGGGUCAUCGGAGCUUCGGCGAGCUCUGUGUCUAUCAUGGUGGCCAACAUACUGCGCCUUUUCCAGAUUCCUCAGAUCAGCUACGCAUCCACAGCUCCAGAGCUGAGUGACGAUCGCCGCUAUGAUUUCUUCUCACGUGUGGUUCCACCGGACUCCUUCCAGGCCCAGGCCAUGGUGGAUAUUGUGAAGGCUAUGGGUUGGAAUUAUGUCUCAACUGUAGCCUCGGAAGGCAGCUAUGGGGAGAAGGGAGUGGAGGCCUUCAUGCAGAUCUCACGAGAAGCGGGUGGAAUUUGCAUUGCCCAGUCCCUGAAAAUACCACACGACCGCAAACAAGCUGAUUUCGACAAGAUUAUCCGGAUGCUUCUUGAUACCCGCCAGGCGCGAGCAGUGAUUAUGUUUGCUUAUGAUGAAGACAUUCGGGAGAUUCUUAAUGCUAGUAAAAGAGCUGACCAAAUGGGCCACUUCUUAUGGAUCGGGUCUGACAGCUGGGGGGCAAAGUACAGCCCGAUUCACGGCCUGGAGGAUGCAGCAGAGGGAGCCAUCACCAUCCUACCGAAACGAGCCACAAUAAAUGGGUUUGAUGGUUACUUUAUGUCCCGUACGCUUGAGAACAACAGGAGGAACGUGUGGUUUGCGGAAUACUGGGAAGAGAACUUCAACUGCAAGCUCAUGAGCUCCUCCAAGAAAGAAGACACCAGUAGAAAGUGCACAGGUCAGGAACGGAUAGGCAUCGACUCCAAAUACGAGCAGGAGGGGAAGGUGCAGUUUGUGAUCGAUGCAGUGUACGCCAUGGCACACGCCCUACACAACAUGCACAAAGAUCUGUGUCCUGAUCAGUCAGGCAUCUGUCCUGAGAUGGAAGCUGCCGGGGGCAAGAAGCUGCUUAAAUACAUCCGCAACAUUAACUUCAACGGAAGCGCUUCAACUUCGGUGACGUUUAACCAGAACGGAGAUGCGCCAGGGCGGUACGAUCUCUUCCAGUACCAAUCUUCCAGUUCCAAUAACAGCUUUCCGGGAUAUAGAGGGAUCGGACAGUGGACAGAAUCACUCCAGCUUAAUAUGGAGGACAUGCAGUGGCCCAGUGGUGAUGUUGAAAUUCCUAGUUCCAUCUGCAGCCUGCCAUGUAAGACCGGCCAGCGGAAGAAGACGGUAAAAGGGAUGCCAUGCUGCUGGCACUGCGAGCCAUGUGAUGGUUACCAGUACCAGUACGAUGAAACAACGUGCAAGCUGUGUGCCUACAACAUGCGACCUAAUGGCAACCGGACCGGAUGCCAGCCCAUCCCCAUCGUUAAGCUAGAGUGGCACUCUCCCUGGGCAGUCAUCCCUGUCUUCUUAGCAAUGCUCGGCAUUGUGGCCACCAUCUUCGUCAUGGCUACAUUCAUUCGCUACAAUGACACUCCCAUCGUGCGGGCUUCAGGACGGGAACUCAGCUACGUGCUUCUCACAGGGAUCUUCCUUUGCUACAUCAUAACCUUUGUGAUGAUCGCCAAACCGGACGUGGCCGUCUGCUCAUUCAGGCGCAUCUUCCUUGGUUUGGGAAUGUGCAUCAGCUAUGCUGCUCUGCUAACCAAGACAAAUCGAAUUUACCGCAUCUUUGAAGAGGGGAAGAAGUCAGUGACACCACCUAGACUGAUCAGUCCAACAUCGCAGCUGGCGAUAACAUCGAGCCUCAUUUCAAUGCAGCUUCUUGGAGUCUUCAUAUGGUUUGGGGUGGAUCCUCCGAACACGAUAAUCGAUUAUGAUGAACAGAAAACCAUCAAUCCAGACAAAGCUAGGGGGGUGCUCAAGUGCGACAUCACAGAUUUACAAAUAAUUUGCUCACUAGGAUACAGUAUUUUGCUCAUGGUCACAUGUACGGUUUAUGCCAUCAAGACACGAGGAGUUCCUGAGAACUUCAAUGAGGCCAAGCCCAUUGGCUUCACCAUGUACACCACCUGUAUCGUUUGGCUGGCCUUCAUUCCUAUUUUCUUUGGAACAGCUCAGUCUGCAGAGAAGCUGUACAUCCAGACCACCACGCUGACUAUCUCCAUGAACUUGAGCGCCUCGGUGGCUCUGGGUAUGCUCUACAUGCCCAAGGUCUAUGUGAUCAUCUUCCAUCCUGAACUAAACGUCCAGAAACGCAAACGCAGCUUCAAAGCGGUAGUGACAGCGGCAACCAUGUCAUCGCGCCUCUCGCACAAACCCAGCGACCGGCCAAACGGCGAGGCCAAGACAGAACUAUGCGAAAACGUCGACCCCAACAGUCCGGCUGCAAAGAAAAAAUACGUGAGCUACAACGACCUUGUGAUCUAAGGACCUCCCAUCAGCUGAAGGAUGCAAUCAGCGAGAAGACAUGGUCUUUUGCCAUUGUUUGGCAAAAAAAAAAAAGAUAGACCCCUGUUUGGUGGGAGAAAGAAUUUUUGUGUUUCUUUGGCGUACCACGUGCUCACAUCUGAGCUCCACCGUACUGCACUCAUACCACAGGAAAAUGGAUGAUUUUUACAUUUUGUGGGAUGUGAGCAAGAGAUAAAGAUGGAGAACCAGAACCAUAAUCAGGAUGCUGAUUUCUCCCCCAUAAAAAAAAAAAAAAGAUAUUUAUUUAUUUUGGAUGUUUUUUUCCAUGCCAGAGGAGUCCUAUUGAACGGACAGAGAAUGAUGUAAGAAAUAAUGGCACAAAUUUCAGCUCUCUGCUGAUCUGUACUGUACAAGGCAGCUCUGAGCUCUGGCCCUAAACAACCCGAACAACCUUUCUGUUGUUAUAAUUUGUGUAAGAAGCACACUUGAGGAUGUCUCUGUGAGAGCACGGUGUAGGAUGGCAAAGCCUAGGGCUUUAAAAUGGACUUCCAAUCUGCAGCUUUUGCAAACUUCCACCGUGCGAGGUUGUGUAGUCCUUUAGCAUUCCUCUUCCAUUUGAUGUUGGACUUUUUUUUGUUUCGCAGCUUUUUCUCUUGUUUUUCCUUGCCUCUUGAAUGCACAUUAUAUUAAAGCCAUAUUCUUCUAUUUGA